ACCCUGUGUUUUCCAUCGUUUUGGUUCGCAUAUCCCAUGGACCGAUGCCGACUGUGCAUAGGCCGCUCGAGUGGGGUCGUCUCGAUUCAGGAGAAAUCAUUUCGAGACAAGAUACAGUUGGUUUUCCAGCUACAGUUUGAGGUAAUUGCAAAUCUACCGUCCCGCGUGUGCGAUGAGUGUUUUCGCAGAGUGGACGAGUUCUAUGAGUACGCACAAGAAGUACGCAAAGCACAAGUAAUGCUCCUCGACGAGAAAGACAAGGAAACCCAAGUCCAGUUUGUGGAUAUUCAGUUGCCAAUAGAAAAGAAUAAUGACAGAGACGAGGAACAUUCGUCUGUUCCUCUCUAUGAGGUCACCAUCGAUGGCAUACGUGAAGAUUAUCUAGAACACAGUAUUAAUGAAGAGGAAGAUUUGGCCCAUCUAAAAAGCGAGGAAGAUGAGAAAGACGACAAUGAAGAAUCUGGCGAAGAAGCUGAAGCGAACCGGGAAGAACAACCCCACGAUAACAAUCAUUUAUCUGCGGUCGAGAGAGUCACGGCCGACGGCGGAGAACCCAAAUUAGAGGAAGGCAAGAAAAAAUCCUUGAAACUAAAGUCCGCCAGAAUUCGUGAAGAAGACGAACGUCUGAAACAGUUUUACUCUAUGACUUGUGAGAUUUGCUCGGUUCAGCUGAAAUCGUUUCUCCUGCUCCAGAGGCACUGUCGAGAGGCGCACAAUCAGCGGGGUUAUGUGGAGUGUUGUAAUCAAAAGUUUUACCGUCGAUUCAAACUGAUAGACCAUCUGUCGUUUCACACAACGCCAGAUGCAUUCCGAUGCGAGCAGUGCCAGAAGAACUACAAAAGCCGUUCCACGCUACAGCAUCAUCAACAGAUCUGCCACGGGGAAGCCAAGGAAAAGCUGUUCCAGUGUGACAAAUGCCACAAUGCUUAUUCUAAGUCGUACCAACUGAAAGUGCACAUGAAGCGACACAUCCAAGCACCGUGUGAACUGUGCGGGAAGGUGCUAUCAUGCGAGCAAUCGCUGCGUGUCCAUGUAAGGCACAUGCACGGUGGUGAAGACGAGAAGCUGAUCUGCGAUACGUGUGGCCAACAGUUUCGUACCAAACCGGCACUAGAGCGGCAUGUUCGACAGCACCUUGGGAUGGCAGUUCCGGUCGACAAGCGGCAAUGUCCGCAGUGUGGAGUAUGGGUGUCGGGGAUGAGGGGACUGAGGAUGCACCUACGUAAUGUACACCCGGCCAAGGAUGCUGUCUUUGAGUGUGAAAUUUGCCACAAACGAUGCAAAAACGCCAUGACCCUCGAUCAUCACCGAAAGGGCGUUCAUGCGGAGGAUAAGUACGAGUGUGAUAUUUGCGGGAAGCGUUUUAAGCGACCAAUUUAUCUGAAGGAGCAUCGCGCUCUCCACACCGGCCAGUGGCUCUAUUCAUGCGAUAUCUGUGGACUGACGAUGAAUUCGAAUGGUAAUAUGUACGCGCACAAGAAAAGCAAACAUCCCAAAGAGUGGCAAGAAGCACAACAGCGGAAAAGGAUAGCCUCCGCUCCAGCUAAAACGAAGAAAAGUGAAGAAUCUGCGACCGUUAAGAACGAACUUCCGAAUGGAGAAAGGAACAACAGUGAGGCGUCGCAAUAAAACAUUUUGAUUAAAAACCACAAUCGCACUUUGUCUCCAUUUCCGUCAUAUUUAGUUGGUGUUGAAAAUAUUAAUGCGCGCCAUCCAACCGCAGCAUGGGAAACCACACGUGGUUAUCGGAUUCCUGCAAGCAAAAUGUUAACCGCAACCUCUACGCAAAACGAAUUUGAAAUUUCUUCGACU